CCCAUAAGCCAUAGUCCCAGUUCCAAAUUUCCCGUUUCUUGAUUUUCCUUGGAGAAUUCGCGGGCAUUCUCUGCGUACAUAUGAAAGAAAUGGAGAUAACAAGCCGAAAUCUCAACAACUUGAUCCCCACAACAUCCCGAGAUUCGACAUAUCCAUUUUUCCCUCUUUGGAGACAAUUCCGAGAACAUUAUCCUCCUCAAAUUUACAGAAAGGUGGUAGCAGAGACAAUAGCGACUUGCCUGCGGGUGUUUGUGACGUGUGGUUCAGCAGCAUUGAGUGCAACUGAUGAAACCAGAGUCUCGCAACUUGGAGCUUCCAUCGCCGGUGGUCUCAUUGUUACGGUUAUGAUUUAUGCAGUGGGCCACAUCUCCGGUGCGUUCAUGAACCCGGCCGUUACUGUAGCUUUCGCAUCCAUCGGGCACUUACCUUGGAAACAGGUACCAUUGUACGCAGCAGCACAAUUUACCGGAGCAAUUUCAGCUGGAUUCACGCUUCGUGUAUUGUUGCACCCAAUCAAACGUCUCGGCACUACCUCACCCUCUGGGUCACAAAUUCAGUCUCUGAUUAUGGAAAUAGUGGUCACUUUCUCAAUGAUGUUCAUCGCUUCGGCCGUCACAAUCGACGCCAAAGCAAGAGGAGAACUGGGAGGUGUAGCAGUUGGUUCUGCCGUGUGCAUAACUUCCAUCUUGGCUGGACCAGUAUCAGGUGGAUCGAUGAACCCGGCAAGGACCUUAGGUCCAGCAAUAGCCAGCAACUACUACAACGGGCUUUGGGUGUACUUUGUUGGUCCAGUUACGGGAACACUACUUGGGGCAUGGUCAUACCGCUUUGUCUGGUUCAAAGACAAGCCAGUCCAAGCAAUCAGCUCAAUGAGCAGCAAUGAUGAUCGAGACGUUACAGCUGACGAUCCUCUCAACUCUUUUUAGAAAAACAUUGCAACAAGUCGAGCCCGCAUGCCUUGGACAAUCCGAGUGGUUAUCAGAGCUCAUGUACAGCUUAGUCGAGGUGCACGUGAGAUGUUCCGGCCGGACACCUACGUUACAUAAGCAAAAAAAGAGCUCAUGUAUAGCAAUAUCAAUAUUGCAUGGCAACUUGUUAUCUUGAGAUCCCGUUUGUAAUUAAAUUGACAUUUUAUUGGAAGUCUCAGGUGGUUCUUUAUUCUUUGCACGAAAGUAAUUUAUAUUUUUUAUGAUCAAAAAAUGAA